GCCGAGAUGGACAGCCCAGAGCUUCAAAAACAAAUCUCUGCUUUUGGACAAGAGAGCGACCUCCACAGGGGAUGCCGAGAUGAGCCUCGUUUUGCGUCCGUGGGCUUUGGAGGACGGGGAGGGGUACACGUUCACUCUCUACAUCACAGACCUGGCCACUGGGGAAGAAGGCUAUGCCUCCAUCGACCUGUUUCCCAACCAGCCCCCCUUCGGGGGAUCGUGCCAGCUUUCGCCUGCAAGUCCUGUCCAAGCCUUGGCUACCAAGAUCCACUUUGAAUGCGCAGGCUGGAGAGAUUCGGUGGGAGAAGACCCCCCCUUGGUGUACAUCCUCAUGGCCACCCGUUGCCGCCCUGGCCACUGCGAUGAAUUCUUGGUGUACAAAGGAAGCCACCCUGCCCACGCGGCCUUCCUGCCUCCCGGGUUUCGAGAGCAUGGCUCCCUCGUAUCCGUCUCGGUGCUCGUACAGGACCAGUUGGGAGCAACAGUGGUGGCCGUAUACAGGUCUAUGGUCAUCACCUUGCCCAGGAUGCCGGAGGGAUUCCACAGUCUUCCCCAGUGGCUUUACAACAAGACGGAGGUGAUGCUGCAAGGCCUGGUCAAACAGAGUGACCCCCAACCUGUUAUUGAGUAUUCACUGGCUCUCAUCACCAUCUUAAAUGAG